AUGACCCGGGAAGCACACAAGUAUCAAAACAAAUCCAAUCAUACUUCUUCCGACCGGAUAGUCGUACACUGGCGCCACGGUCAACAAGCCCAUACCACAUGUGUCUCCCCUUUUCCAACCUGCACCACGUCAUUCUCACGCGACUCAGCCUCUCAGACAUCGAACCCGGUCGGGAUGCCCAAGACUUCACAUGUCUGGUGGCGGAUGGGUGAGGUCAGUGUCAGCCGCAACGCCGUGGUACCCGAUAGCGCGCUCGUGGUCGACGUCGUCCCCGGUGGAGACGAGCGAAUGACUCCACGGUCAGCUGACAAGGAAGAGCCCGCGAUAACUCGCUCAUAA